GCUGUUGCUGUUGCUGCUGCAGAUGAAGCCCCAGCAGCAGAUUGGAACUUGGCGACAGCUGAAGGCAGUUGCUAGUCGCUGAGUGAAGUUCCGUUAAUAAUGUUGUCAAAACGCGAUGCGUUGAUAAGUGCACUCGUUUUGACGCUCUAUUAUGUGGGCGUGCUGCAUGCUGAGGAUCGUCGAGAUUUUGUGACAAUGGGCGUUAAGAGAAGAGGGCGUGGCGGCGCCGACGUGGCACCACAACGUGCCGGCGGGCUUAAACUCGAUGGCGUUGGCUAUCACUACACAUUGCGCCAUCAGCCGGGAUUUUUGCUGCAAAAGUAUGCACAGCCGCCGGAGGAGGGCAUGAUGACCAUGAUGCCACCGCCAGAAGUAACUGAAAUGCCGGAACCAGAACCACCUGAGCCAACUAUACCUACGCGUCCGCCUGUAGAUCCGCCACCAGAUUCGCCUGAUCCGCCACCGGAUCCACCUACCACAGAAAUGAUGCCAACGCCAAUGAUGCCCAGCCCAACACCGCAACCCACAAUGCGUCCAACAGCGCCGCCGCCGCCGCCGCUGCCACCGAGACCUUCCAGCACACGCACUUCCAUUAUGCAGCCACAAACAUUUCCCGCUAGGCUGGCACACAAGCUGAAGCAGCUGAUCUUUGGCUCGCCCGUCGAGGCGAAUCUUAUACUGAAGCAACCGAAUGCAGCCAAGCCAAAGGGCAAAGGCUUUCUCAGCCUGUUCGAGGUGAUCAAGUUUCCCAAUACCAAAUGCAGCGUCUCCAUGGGCGACAUACGCACCAUGGAGGGGGUUUGCUACCAUGAAUUCGAAUGCAAGAGCCUGGGUGGCAUACCCACCGAAAGCUGUGCCGAGGGUGUUGGUGCCUGUUGUAUCUUUGUUAACGGCUGCGGCGAUGUAACCAGCCAACAAACCGUUUACUUUGAGAGUCCCAAUUAUCCGCAGCCAGUUAGAGAAAUGAUGAUCUGUGUGUUGAUCAUAAAUGUAAAGAAAGGUGUGCAGCAGCUGCGUUUGGAUUUCCAAAUGUUUGAACUAAGUCGGCCCACCAAUGGUGAUUGCCUUGAUGAUCAGUUUAUUAUAUCCGGACAUAAUGCUAAUUUUCGUAUACCCAUAAUCUGUGGCAUUAAUACCGGACAGCACAUUUAUGUGCAUGUUGGAGACUCCAAUGAGCCCAAAGUUUAUCUGUCCGUAUUUGUCAAGGUCUCAAGCGGAGCACGUUCUUUCAAUAUCAAAGUUAGUCAGCUGGAAGAUAAUCUGGCGCCUGAUAAUUGCCUGCAAUACUUUAAUGCUGGUGAGGGCAUUAUAAAGUCGUUCAACUAUGAUGUCGAUGGCAGCAUUGUGGACAAUCGGGAAGCUACUUAUCUUAACAAUUUAAAUUAUGCUAUAUGCUUGGCACGUUCGAAAAAUGUCUGCAGUAUGAUUUACAAUACAGAGUAUCAGGGUGGCGAUCAGCCGGACUUUCAGCUCAUCAACAAGGAUGAGGGCGAAAAUGAUUUGGUGCCCGAUGAACAAGCAGGCGCUGGCAUUUUCAACUGUCCGGAUGAUUUCUUGGCCAUCAAUUCGGUGCGGCUGUGUGGGGAGCGCUUCAACGAUGGCAUCGAGAACGAAGAUUUCACCAUGCAUGCCACAGUUAGGGACAUAGCCGCUGGGCCCUUUGUGCUGCCCUUUCGCAGCGAUGCGGAGUAUGUGGGUCGCGGCUUUCGUUUGCUGUUCAGGCAGGAGUUGUGUGUCUGA